GACAUCAGUGUUCUGUUUCCAACAGAGGGCGCUGUGUGCUUCCACACCGUCCAAAACACCCGGGCGUCAUCAGUGAACCUGUUCAAUCAAAGUGUGAACUCUCAGCUCAGACCCGCAAAGAGACGCUCUCUUCUGCCUCUCACUCUACUCUGACUGUGUAACACCGCCGUAGAUUAGUCUAACACAAAGUUAGGAACAGAUUCGAGUCGUAAUUCAAAUGUUUAAAAUUGUAUUUAAAAGGUUUGUUUUGCACAAGCAGACGAGGAAGUUGACGCCGUGCAACGGGUUAACGAUAGGGAGGCCUGGCCUCACCUUUCUGUGAACGUCACUGGCUUCUGGUCCCACCACCACCAUCACCAUCAUCUUCAUCAUCAUCACCAGCUCCACCACCAAUCUCCUCCCCCUCCUCCCACGACAGAGAGAGGGAGAGACUGAGAGGCAGAGAAGCGCGUCUCUGUCCGCCGCCGCUCUCGACUCCUCAGCUCGGUGUGUCGGUCGAUCCCUCUACCAACAUCAUCAUCACCAUCUUCCUCCUCUUACAGACGGACACACAGACGGUCAGUGGAAAGUGACGGAGUGAGACGUCAGCAGCUGCCAUGAAGGACCGAAUGCAAGAACUUCGACAUGGGAAGGAGACGAACGAGGAGGAGGAUGAAGUGGCUGUGGGGAUGGAGAAAGGCUUCAUGGACGAGUUCUUCGAACAGGUGGAGGAGAUCCGAGGUUUCAUCGAGUCUCUGGCUGAGAAGGUCGAGGAGGUGAAGAGGAAGCACAGCGCCAUCCUCGCCUCCCCCAACCCUGACGAGAAAACUAAGGCUGAGCUGGAGGAUCUAAUGGCCGACAUCAAGAAGUUGGCCAACAAAGUGCGGUCCAAAUUAAAGAGUAUUCAACAAACCAUCGAGCAGGAGGAAGGACAGAAUAGGUCAUCGGCUGACCUGAGGAUACGCAAAACACAGCACUCCACGCUGUCCCGGAAGUUUGUGGAGGUGAUGUCUGAAUACAACACCACGCAGUCAGACUACAGGGAGCGCUGCAAGGGACGCAUCCAGAGGCAGCUGGAGAUCACUGGAAGGAAUACAACCAAUGAGGAGCUGGAGAGCAUGUUGGAGAGCGACAACCCGGCUAUCUUCACUUCAGGGAUCAUCAUGGACAACAUCACCGAGCAAGCCAUGAAUGAGAUUGAGACUCGACACAACGAGAUCAUCAAGCUGGAGAACAGUAUUAGAGAGCUGCAUGACAUGUUCAUGGACAUGGCCAUGCUGGUGGAGAGUCAGGGGGAAAUGAUAGAUCGCAUUGAGUACAAUGUGGAGCACUCGGUAGACUAUGUGGAGAGGGCGGUGUCAGACACUAAGAAAGCGGUCAAAUACCAGAGUAAAGCUCGGAGGAAGAAAAUAAUGAUUAUUAUAUGUUGUGUGAUUCUGGGUGUCGUCAUUGCUUCCAUAGUCGGGGGAACGUUGGCUUGAACACAACAAACACCACAGAGCAGAUGUACACAUUUAAACUGACAAAAAAUGUUUAGCACCAAUGUGUGUUUCCUACUGUACCAUUCGUUAGAGACGCAGUGUAGACUAGGGGUCACCGACCUUUUUGAAACUGACAGAUACUUCCGGAGUACUUAGAAAUACAAAGAGCUACUUGUUUGAUGCAGACUUCCUUGAAGAACGUAAUAAUAAUAAAAAAAGAAAACGAAUGCUGCUCUGUCAAGAUCUGGGACAUACAGCAGUACACACUCUUCUUACCAUUGUCGUUGAACACAUUUGAAUAUCACUGCAAGUGGAACUGAUUCAAAAAGACCAGUCCAGUUCAUUUUUUGACCUUCUUGUUGACUAGCUUUAUUUUUAGAACAUACUCGUUGGGCAUCUCGUUGGUGACCCCUGGUGUAUACAGUACAAUCCACAGGUGUGUUCGCAUGAGUUGCUCUUUUGUAGAAAAAAUAUUUAAAACAAAAAAAAAACAUGGUGCUGCUGCAGAGAUGUUUAUCAGAGUGUUGUCAAAGAUAUGAUUCGUGGAACCACAAUGUACACAAAUGUAAUGUACUGUAAUGCUAUACUAAUACAUUCCAACUCCAAGUAUGACGACUCUGCUGUGAAGUCAGUUCUGUGUUGUACAGGCCUCUGCUCCAGUGUUUCCACAGCCACCUCUUCUACAAACUGCUUUUGAUUUUUUUUGUUUUCUUCUUUUUCUUUGAUUUCUUUUCUCCUUCCCACGUGUCUCUGAUGUUCUACCUUUACUAACCCUGCAUGGAUUAGUUCACUGUGAGGUGACGUUCUGUUCGUUGUUGCCAAAAGAACCGGUGGAAUUUUUAUUCUCUUCUUUAGUAAGAAUCAAGGUCACACUGCCAAACUUUUCCUAAUGUCAUUAAUUCACAGAAGCGCUGCUGUACCUGAGUUCAACGUGGCUUUCUGUGCAGUGUGUGUAUGUUGUUCUGUGUGUGUGUGUGUGUGUGUUUGAGGGUGUAUACCUUGUAUAGCUGUAGUAUUGUUCUUUUUUUAUAUAUAUAAAUUCCCGUUGUUGUGGCGAGACAUUGUCCUCGUGGAGACUUUUUGCAGAUCCUCACUGAACGAGAGUGGGGAUCUGAGAGUCUGAGUCUUUGAGAUUCAAGAGUUAGUUUAGGAUUAGAAUUAGGGUUAUAUUAGAGUUAGGAAUAAGGAUUAGUUUUAGGCAUAUAAUUAAAACAUGUAGUUAAGGUUAGGGACUAGGGAAUAGAUUAUAUCCGUGUGUGUGGGUCUGUGUGUGUGUGCGUUUGAUGCUACUGUAUGUGUCUGACUUGUAAGUGGAAAGUGACUGUUUGUUUGUUAGGUUAUAAAGUUGAAUUGAUUUGCAUUUGCAAAAGUUUUAGGUGUGUUGAAAAAAAUGGUUGAAAAGUAAGAAUACUUUAACCGACCUCUUAGAAAGAUAGAAAUGCUAACAGUUUAUUUUUACGAACAAAUGUCAAAUAUCCAAUAAAGGAUUGGGGGAUUAUACCAAAUCAGAUCUUUCAUUGGUAAAAACAGUUCUACUACGUAGGUAGUCCCAAACAUCCUGGAGGACUGACAUUAGACAUGUGGGUCAGUUUGACUGGAGACAAAGGUCAGAGUCUUCCACAGAUAAGGUUUGGUUUGGCUUUUACUCAUCACUUCUAAUCCUCCUAUAAAGUUAAUUCUAGUCACUAACCUACAUAUGAAAACGAUGCUCACUGGCACCUUUUCUUUGUACAAAAUACUCAUUAGGACUGAUGCUAGUGUUUAUUUUGGUCUGGAUUUUGUCCACAAUGAGAACUUUAAAAAAUUAUUUAUUAUUCCAGUGUUUUUAAGUAUUUUUUACUUUACAACAAAUUUUUUACCCUGACCUGAAAAUAUUUUGCACAGUACUGUUAAAGCUUGCUAACACUGCCAGUAUGUUCAAAUAUGAGGUUUAAAAAAGGAGUCCACAUCUCAGUUGGAUCAAUAGUUCUGGUAUGUAAGUGAUUAAAAACUGCCGGUGUUUGGUGUCUUAUUAUGAAGCCUGAGCUUGAACAUGACCACAACCCAUCCUUCUGUUAAUCUCCUAUUUAUUUUUAUCAAUCAAUUCAAUAAAAGCGUGAGCAUGAAUUCACCUUAGCCCCUGAGAUUGAUUUGUACAUCCAUCCAACAUGAAUCAUCACAUCGUGUCACCAUGUUGUCCAGAGGUCACUGGGCCACAUAAAAAUAAUUACUGACCUAUGCUCUGAUUACCUGCACUUUUUUAGUUUGGUCAGUCCUGAGACCUGUAAAGGGGAGUUCAGACCAAAAUGCGACAGGCGCGGGUUAAGUGUAAAUGGCGUCACAGCUAACGAUUUAGUCGGCGGUGCCAUUGGAGCUUCGAAUGUGAUGCGAUAAAUCGAUUCGCUAAGGCAAAGCGAAGAAGUUGUGAACGCAAGAAAGUGACGUUUUUGGCGCACUUUAUAUUCAUUUUAAUACUGGUCGUAUUAUUUUAUUUUGUUCUUUGUCUCGUCGCACCUUGACGACCGACGGGUCUGGGAACAAUGUGUUACGUCUAUUCAACAGUUCCGUGGAGCUGAAAAUGUUUGCCACUACUUGUUGCAACCUUUGUGUCUGUUUUACAUUGUUACAGUUGGGACUUUCCUUGAGAGCUAGGUCCGGCAGUAAGGUUAUGUGACGCGCUGCUCCAUGUCCAAGAAAGCACGCUGAGUCCAGGUAUGUUUCAGGGUAUUUAAUAAGAAACCCACAUGCACAGUAAUAAAAAAUGAACUGACCUGUGAAAACUUUUUUUGUUUUGUUAUCGUGAAUUUAGUUGAGCUAUUUCACUAACAUGCUCUCAGCUGUGGUUUAAAAAUGGAUGUAGCCACUGAGUUUGGCUCAAAUGGUGUCGAGACCCGGAAAAAAGUAGAAGGCUUUGGUCAUCGUGCAUCUAUCUUUGGUCGGCAUCUGCCUGCAUUUGAGACCAAUGGAGAAAUCCUCAAAGCGCCGCAUCA